AGCGCAAGAAGAACUGUUUCUGUUCCGUUGGUUUAAGUCCGAGUCUAAUUCAGUAGAUUUAAAGUAAUCAGUUUUCAAGUUUUCCAUUGACAACUGGGCUUCUUAAAGUUGCCGGCCCCCAGAGGAAUUUCAAUCACAUUCAUUAACAUUCAGCUCCCGACAUGCGAGAAACACACACACACACACACACACACGAGCGAGCUCUCUUUCUUUGUGUGUGUGUGUGUGUGUGUGUUAAAAAGCCCCACGUGCAGGAGGUUGAUGUGUGCUGAAGUGUUAAGGCAUGUUAGCGAAGUUAAAUUCCUUCUACUUGGAAUGUUAAGGUUUGACAUGUGAGUCAUUUAACGAAUCCCUCCCUGAAUUUAAAACUCAGCUCCAAAAUAACGAAGGAGCUCUUAUUCAACUUUCAUUCUGUGCAUGAAUUUGUGAAGAAAACGCAAUGCGCUCGAGAGACGGCAUCUUCAGAACCUGCCUCAGAGGGAUUUACAGUUGCUCCUGGAAGCGUUCAAAAGAAAGCAAACAAAACUGUGUAUGCUGCUGGUUCAGUUUUCUCUCUCUGGUGUCCAUUCUGACCCUAAGCUGGAUGUAUAUCUGUUUUGUUGCUUACAAUGACCACAAUGAUGUCAACUGGAAGGCCUUUGAAAGCCUCAGUGUUUGGGUGAACUGGUACAUGAUUGUUGUUAUCCUGUCUGCAGUACUGGCUACUUACUGCCUCCUGUUCCUGGUGUUUUCAUUGGUCCUUAUUUCCAUAAAAGAACCUUUGGCAUUGCACUGGCUGCAUAAGGUUUUGCUGUUUAUGGGUCUGGUUAUAGUCGCGCUUGGCAUAUGUGUAAUGAGCGUCAGAUGGAAAGAAGAAUGGUCCACCGUUCACUUAUCACUGCAGGCCACAGCUCCUUUUCUGCAUUUGGGUGCUGUUGUGGCUUUGAUCAUCAUCAGCUGGCUUGUGUUCCAGAGUUACUACAGAGCUCGGAGAACUGUUUCUAAGAUCUUCAUAAUUGGAGUAUUCAUGGCAGUUUUGGUCAUGGUUUUCCUCAGUCCUCUCUUGAUUCACAGUCCAUGUCUUACUGACAAACUUCCCCCAAAACCCGGUCUUGUGGGCCACCGUGGUGCACCUAUGCUGGCUCCAGAGAACACUAUCAUGUCAUUCAACAGCAGUGUGGCGUGCAAUGUGACAGCCUUUGAGACAGAUGUGCAGCUCAGUAAGGACAUGGUUCCUUUUCUAAUGCAUGACAAUGGUAUGAAUUUUCUGCGGAGGACAACUAACGUGGAUGAUGUGUUUCAAAAUCGAACGUACAGCAAGAGCAGUGACUUCACCUGGGAGGAACUACAGAGGUUAAAUGCAGGCGAAUGGUUUGUCAGGACAAACCCGUUUUGGUCAGUGUCAUUCCUUUCGGAGAAAGACAAGGCUCUUGCUCGUCAACAGAAAGUGCCAUCCCUUGAACAACUCCUAGAUUUUGCAAAACAGCACAACAUCUCUCUUAUCUUUGACUUAAAGAAUGGCAAUGAUGAAGACUGCAAUAACACGAUUAUGACCAUACUGAACUCUCGCAUCUCACACAGUUUGAUAUGGUGGCUCCCUUCAAAGUGUAGAAAAGAUGUCAAGAAGCAGGCUCCAGGGUUCCGCUGGGUCUACAGCAGUCCUAAAGGGCUGGUAGCUGGGCAAAUUCUUAAUGUGAAAUACAAUAAUCUGAGUACUGAGGAGAUUAGUAACUUGACAAGCCAGGAUGUGAUGGUCAACCUGUGGGUGGUGAACGAACGCUGGCUUUUUUCGUUACUGUGGUGCGCAGGGGCCAGCUCAGUGACCACUAACGCAUGCCACCUCCUCAAAGAUAUGUCUCAACCUGACUGGCAUCUGGCUCCUCAUGUGUACAGAAUUAUAUGGAUCACUGCUGAUGUGGUGUCAUUGCUGGUGAUGAUCGCCCUGUUUUGUGUGCAGGGGAAAGCAAGGAACCAGAUUUUUGUCCUGGAAUCAGAAAGAACUGUCCCCCUUCUCAACUUCUGAGCAGUUAAAAAUUUUUUUAAAUGUUUUAGUGCCUUUUUUCACUGGCUAAACUAUUCAUGUAAUUGGUGUGUUAGAGCAGGGAAAUCACACUGGAUCAGAGAUGGGCACUUCUGCUUUACAUAAUGAUCUCUUUUUCACAUAAUUUUUAAUAAGAACACUAUAUGUAGAUGAAAUGACUUCAAUUAAAACAUUGUAUUGCUAAAUUAAGGACACCUGCUCAUUUAUGCAGUUAGCCAAUCAGCCAAUCAUGUGGCAGCAGCACCAAGCAUAAAGUCAACAGAUACAUUGAAUGGUGAGGAUGGUGUGGAAAAAACAUUGAGUGAGUGACAGUUCUGUGGAUGGAAAUGCCUUAUUGAUAAGAGAGAUCAGAGGAAAGUGGCCAGAAUGGUUCGAGCUACCAGGAAGGAUAUAGCAACUCAUAUAAUCAUUCUUUACAACCAUGGUGAGCAGAAAAGCAUCUCAGCAUGGACGA